ACAAGGGCUGGGGCAGAAACGCUGCACCUGGGGCUGGCUUCUCCCCCUACAUGCAGGGACAGCCCCUCCUAGGAGAAGCUUGGGCAGGCCACAGUGCUGCUGCUGCUGCUGCUGGGAGAGCAGUACAGCCCUUGCUGCCUGCCAGUUGUGUCCUUCCUGUCCUCAGAUCCCUGUUAUUCCCAUCCCUGCUGCCCUCAUUGUAAAUUCCCUCCCUACUGGCCCCAUUUAACCCUGCUCUUCAUCCUCCUGCAGACCAUGGAUGCCAUAACAUUUUUCUUCAUGCUCCUGGAAAGCCUCAUCCAGUACCUGCAGCCCGUGGGUGAUGUUUUGGAUGAGGAGAAACAUCUGCGCAUGGAGCUGCGUGCAAAGCGCUUGGAGCGGAAGAGAAUUCGGCUGGAGCGGGAGGUGGAGCAACUCACCCUGAAGCAGAGUGGAGGGGUCUGGGGAGAAGUGCUCUGGUUUGCUUUGAAGCCCUGGCAGGUCUGGGCUGUUGCUGGGCUCCUGGCCCUUGUCUUGGGACUGUAUUUUUUUUGGAGGAAAAGGAGUGAUGAGGCAGACAACAGUAGCGAGGAAGACGAAGACCAUGUUUCUGACAAUGAUCUGAGAUGGCUUCUAGAUGAGCGCAUCCAGUGGCCAGUACAAGACCUGCAGAGAGGCUGUGAGUGGACACUAGACCUGAUGGAUAAUUAUACAAUUUACUUUGGGCAUGUCUUGUCAAACAGCUUCUACCCAGUCCUGCAACGAGCCAUCGGGGUGGGCAGUGCCUUUGAAGGCUGGAGUCCCCGUGAGCAGGAUGUCGUGUACAGUGUGUUCAUCCCCAUGACACCUCCCCGAGGCCACAGUUUCCACCUGGAGCUGGACAGUGCAGGGCAGGGGCACGUGAGGAACUUCCGUGUCCGCGUGCAGCUGGAGUGCACCUGCAGCAGGGAGCAGCAGGCUGAGGACAUGCUGUGCUUCCUGCACCACCCCGAGGAGGAGCUGAGGAGCAAUCAGGAUCCCAGCCUCCUAGACACCCUGUGCACCGGCUCCUACCUUGAUGUGCAGAAAACUGCCCUCUGGUUCCACCAGCUGGUGAGAGCAAUCUGGCCAGCUUUGCCUCAAUCUCACAACUGGCAUUUAACACUGCUGCCCUCCACACGCUCCUGCCGGCUCAAGGUGACCUAUGGCACAGAAAUCUUCCAGAUUGAGAUGCUCUUCGGGGUGCGGAGAGGUGACUCUGACAUCUUUGUCAGCAGCCAGCCAGGAUAUGCUGGAACCCCAAGCACUCUGUGGCUGGAGACCUACGAUGUGGCAGAGAUUAAGUUCUUCCAGCACAUUGCCAGGCAGGCCCCCGAUGACAGCUUGCACCUCAAAUGCCUGCAGCUCUUCUCCUAUCUUCAGCUGGGCAUAGGAUUUUCCACCUAUACAAUGAAAACCAUUGUCAUGCACCUCCUGAACACUGUUCCUGUGUCACGAUGGCGCAGGAGGUAUUUUUUGCGGCGCCUGGGAGAUAUCAGUGAGAACCUGCGCUGCUGCCUGGAGGAGAAAUGCCUUAAUCACUUUAUCAUUGGCAACAAGAGAUUGCCUCAAGAGAUCAGCUUGCCACUGGACAUUGCAUCAUCUGAGCCACCCAAUCUCUUCCAUCAUCUGGCAUCGUGUCCAGUUGCCCACUCCCAGGCAAUGAAUGAGUACCAGGAUCUUCAGCGUCGGCUCGCAAGUGUGCUGCUCCAUGGUCACUGAAAGACGUGCUCAUGUACAGAGCUGUGCUUGUCAGCCUUGCAGGCAGUAGCAGAAAACCACCUCACAGUGCUGAGAAAAAGACAGGAGAAUAUGACAUUCAGAGAAAGAAGGUAAAAUGUUCUGCAGCAUCACUCUGCCAUCAUCAUCAGCAGUUGUGUUGUCUCAACAGCCUCCCCAGCACAGCAUCCAGUGAUGAUAGCGUGUGGAGGCCCAGAGAAGCUUACUUCCAUUGCAGGGUGGAUUGUGGUGAUGCACUCCCCUUGACUCUGGCUGCACUACAGUCUGAGAAAUGCUCAUUAGGCCUUAACCUUGACAAACUUCAUUUGUACUAAGCCCCUUCUGAGUGUACCAGAAACAUUAUUUGCUCCCAGGAACUAACAGAUGUCUAAGUAGCACCAUUUUUUUUUUCAAGGAACAGCCUUGGAAACUUAUUUUUCCUUUCCUGACUUAUUUUUCUUUCCUGACUUUUUCUAACUAAGAACCCAAGUGCAACAAUAUUUUUGUUGACAAACCUUCAAAUAAAGUUACA